AUGGCAUUGUUUAGUAGUGAAAUGAUCGAUUUUAAAAAACAACAUCAAUCAUGUUCGAUUAAUGCAACGGAUAAAACUGAUAGAGAAUAUUCCUGUUUUCGAUUGUCACAUGGUCGUUCGUUUAAAUAUGAUAAUCUCGAUGCGUACAAUCGUUAUGGAAUAUCAUCGACUGCUUGCAAUCAAACAUCGUGGGUUGCAUGGUUUCUUCUCAUUCAGUACUUUUUUUUGGCCAGACGAUUUCUCAUUUCACUCUUGACGGCGAUGUUCAGUUUGACAGGAGCACGAUUGCAAAGUCAAUCGGAACAAAUGUUGAUCUAUUAUCGAUAUGAAAUCGUGAUGGAAUAUGCAAAACGAACUCGUCUACCACCACCAUUUGUUUUCAUUUCAUAUAUUGACAUGCUCAUUUCCAGUAUUACUCGUCGAUGUCUAAUCAAAUUGAAAAAAUAUUUGGAUAAAAAUAAUAAUUCUCAACGAAGACAAUUACCAUCGUCAACGAAUAAUACAGAAGGAUUACCUCUUAUUGACUUUGCCAUCCCGUCGACUACAUCUGAUAUCGAUCAAUCGUUACUUGGACGAUUACUUAGUUGUAAACCUUGCCGAAAAAUAACCGAGCACGAGAGGGACGAAAAAAAAUGUGCAAUACAAAAUUUGGAAUUUGGCGAAGCAGAUUUAUAUUGGAAACAUAAAGCUAAAGAAUACUAUGCUAAAACGAAAGAAACCGAUGAAGUUCAAGAAAAAGUUAACCAUAUUUGGAACAGUAUGAUCAAUGGGCAAAAAACUAUGGAUGUACUACAAAAUUCUUUACGACAAAUCAACGAUCGUAUCUUUUCAUUAGAAAAGUUGAUGAUCAAAUCGCAUGUACAAAUACAUCAGGAAGAUAAAUCAUUGGUUGAAUGUCAAAAAAUUAUUCAUGUUCUAUCACGUGAAUCACCCUAUAUCUAUACUAAUGAAGCUCGUUUUCCAGUUGCUAAAAAAUACAUUUCAUGGGCGGUUCCAUACGAUCUCUAUGAUCCUACAUUGAUCAUAUUAUCAAAAGAGCACAUUUGUUUUCAAGACGAUGAACGACCCUUUGUUGAAUCUAAUUUAUUAAAAUUGAGUUCAACAGAAGAUCAAUCAAAAAUUGACACUCAAUGUAGAAAUCCAAUGGGUCGCACUGGUGUACGUGGUCGUGGUGCUCUCAUUCGAUGGGGACCAAAUAAGUCCAUAAUGGCCAUCAUCACUCGUUGGAAACGACAUCAUGAUCAAUUUGUUAUUGUAGAUGGACAACGAAUUCUUGAAGCAAUGGUAUUUAAAGAUAAAAUAACAAAUGAUUGGAAACUCCCCGUCGGUAAUAUUUUAGGUGUUGAAUCACCGUAUAGUGCUUUGUGUCAAAGUUUUAACAAACUUGCUUUUCAAAAAGACGAUCCAGAACUCAUUGUGCCUUUACAAGAACAAGGCAUGAUCGAGGUGAGAUCAACGUCUGAGUUUUUCUUACAAAAGUAA